GCAAUGCCGCUAGCUUGACGUCAGCUUCUCAGCAUAUAUUUGAUUUUGAAAGAUAUGUGUGCAAAUAUGAAUCCUGAGUAUUCUAUUGGUCGCAACUUGCGACAAAGAAAUAAAAAAAAUUGUGUUUCCAACGACGAUGCAAAACACGAUUUAGAAAUAAAUAAAAAAAAGGCAAAAAGAAAGGGCAACUGUGGAAGAAGCAGCGUAUAUGAUGAAUACGGAAAAAUUCGGACCAGCGGACUAGACAUUUGUGACUGCAUGAACGAUAAAUGUGAUGGUUGCUGGUAUGAAUGCCAAAAUUGUGGUUCUACUAAAUGCGGUCCUGAAUGUCGCUCAAAUCGAAAAUUUUUUUAUGAAGGGAUAACAUAUGACGGAAAGGACUUAUCUAUACAUAAUAAGUAUAUUUCCAAAUAAAAUAUAAACUAAUUGAACAUUAGCACUUAAAUAAAAUAAGAUCUCUAAAUUCUUGUUCCCAA